AUUACCGGAAGUUUACAGUGUAAAUCAAGUGCACGUGGGAAGACAGUACAUUUUUUGUGAAAUGGAUUCACGUGUGACUAGCAGUCUGCCUACUAAGACAAAUGUCAACACGAAAGUAAAGAAACACAAGAAGAAGAAGAAAAAUAAGGAGAACAGUAAACAGAAUGAAACAAAGACGUUUGUGCCAGAUUUAGACAAUUUAACAGGCAACAAAAAUAAAAAGCGUUUCUUUAAGUGGAAAUCUAAACAUAAGCAAUUGUUUACUAAAGGCGAGGGAAAACCAACACAAGAAAAACCUGGGCGGAAAAAGACACACGGGAAACACAAGACUGACAAGGUUGUCAAAUCCCUGCGAGAGGAAGAAGAUCCCUACCCAGGGGAUGCCCCUGUAGAUGAGGAGAAGCUGAAGAAGUACCAGCGAUCUGAGAAACUGACCACUACAGAGGCGCGGACCAGGUUGGACAGUCACAGGUUGAGGCAGGAGGAGCGGAGGGUGGACUUCGCUGUGUCCCAGGCUGCCAGGGCGGAGCUGCUGCUUCAAGAGGAGAGUGGAUUCCUAGAAGCAGAGGAAGGGGAGACAACUGUUGACAUAACACAGCAAGAUAUCGUCGACUCGGUCGACAUUCUCAGUGCCCAGAAGUAUUUUCAACUGACGUUAAAAGACUUUGGUCCAUAUCGGUUAAACUACUCACGAAAUGGGAGACAUCUCUUGUUGGGAGGGGCCAAAGGUCACAUGGCUGCCUUUGACUGGCAGACAAAGAAACUUAUGUGCGAGUUCAAUGUCAUGGAAACUGUCAAUGACAUCAAGUGGCUCCACCAGGAGACAAUGUUUGCUGUUGCCCAGCGACAGUGGACGUAUAUCUAUGACAACCAGGGCAUCGAGCUGCACUGCCUGAAGGCCAUUGACACGGCCCUGCGGAUGGAGUUCCUGCCCUACCACUUCCUCCUGGCCACCGCGAGUGCAAAGGGUUUCCUGACGUACGUGGACACGUCAGUAGGGAAGAAGGUGGCCGGAGUCUACACCCACAGUGGCCGCCUGGACGUUAUGUGUCAGAACCGCAGCAACGCCGUGGUCCACCUCGGACACCCCGGAGGUACAGUGACAUUGUGGACUCCUAAUCUGAAGAGCUAUGCAGCCAAGAUGCUGUGUCACAUUGGGGGCGUUAGAUCCCUGGCCAUUGACAACUCGGGGAAGUACAUGGCCUCCUCUGGGAUUGAUGGGAAGAUGAAGAUCUGGGAUCUGCGGAUGUACAGGAUGCUGCAGAGUUACAAGCUACAAACAGGGGCGGGAUCCCUUGCCUUCAGUCAGCAGGGCAUGAUCGCAGCUGGCACGGGCAACGUCGUCCAGGUAUUUAAGGACUGCUGUCAGCAGAGAGUUACCUCCCCUUACAUGCAGCAUCGCAUCCCAUCCUCCAUCAGGGGUGUACAGUUCUGUCCAUAUGAGGAUGUUCUUGGUGUGAGCCACUCGGAAGGAUUUGCCAGCCUUCUUGUUCCAGGGUCUGGAGAGGCCAACUUUGAUGCUCUGGAGGUGAAUCCAUACCAGACCAAGAAACAGCGGCGACAGGCCGAGGUCAAGAUGCUGCUGGACAAGAUACCCAUAGAUAUGAUCACCCUGGACACCAAGAAAGUGGGUCAGAUUGAGGCGAAGAGCUACGACGAGAUGAUCAAAGAGAAGAAUAAACUGGAGUUUCUGAAGGUGGAGAAGACAGAGUUCACUCCUCGUUACAAGAUGCGAGGUGGCAGCAAGGCGGGGAAAGUGGAACACAGGAAGCAAGAGGUCAAGGACACUGUGAGAAGAGAAGUAGCUCGUGAGUCAAACAAACUGAAACAGGAGCAGUCCCGAGAGCAGACGAGAAAUGAAGGUCGCGGCAAGCUUCAACAUGGAGUCCUUAACAGAUUCAGCAAGAAGAAUGUGUAGCUGAAGCAGUAUCAGUGUAUCAUGUGUAAAUAAAAUGUUCAUUCAGUUUGUU